AUGGCUAUGGUUACAAACAGAAAAAUCAGUUUCGUGAGCAAUCUCAAACCAUUUAAAAUUUCUUGGAAGAUUGAAGUUAAAGUUAUUCAGAAGUGGACACAACUCUCAAACUGUUCUGAAGGAGACACAUUGGAGUUCAUACUCGAAGAUAAAAUGGGAACCAGCAUACAUUGUAUCUGUAAGAGUCUCUUCGUUGAUCGUGUUAAGGAUUUGCAUGUUGGUGAAUGGAGGGUCGUCGAGAAUUUCUCCCUGAUCCCAGCUAUAGGGUUUUACAGAAGAACCAGCCAUCCAUUCAAGAUUUCCAUCAUAGAUAGUACUAUCGUCACCGAGCCUUCUUCGACUUCCUGCGAGAUGAUUGAUCAUAACAAAGACUAUGAGAAAGGAGUUGGUUCCAGUUCUUCUUCAUCUAAGCGCAAGGAAGGAGAUACUGAUCUUAAUGACACGAAUUCUCCAGCCAAGAAGUUAUGCUGUAGAUUUUGA